GGCAAAAGAGAGAAACAAAACGUGACGAGGCACCCGAAGCGUCCUGUUAUGCAACCGCUGACCUACUAACAUACAUUUCUAAACAGAAGCAGCUAGCGGCAGGAUACUGGAGCGCCUCGCCAACACAACACAGGGCAAAAACACACGGGCUGCGGAAUCCAUGCGUACUGGACACACGGCGUGCAGUGUGUGUGGAUCACUUCGCCUUUCCAUUCGAGCCUGAUACAAAGAGACUUAUAAUAAUCAUCGGGCGCCAGAUAUUUGGAUACACACACACAAGCCAUAAAAGCUUUUCGUCGAACAGCCAGCUGGAGGCUUUGAGAGCAGCAACACCCCUCCCCAAGAGGUUGACAAGCUGGGGCAGACCGAGUGACCUAUAUCCUCCAACACGCCCAAGGCACUGGGACACAUCUCUGUUGGCUUGAUAGAGCCCUGUUACAUAAAGUGUGAAAACAAAGAAAAAGGGGGUCAGAAUCUUUUAAGCAAAUUUGGUCACCUUCUCUGUACAUCAGGACUGGAGGAAUUCUUCGGGUUUGUUAAAUGCAGGAGACCCAUAAUAAGGUGCACCUGUUCUUGCUCUUCUUAGCUAACCUGGACACUUGAUCAUCAAGGACUAUUUGUUUGUGAUUCAAAUCAACAAAACCAAUGAGGUUCAGCUUUUCAGAAGCUAAAAUACCUUAUAAAGUCUUUGCUGAUCCAGCUACUUAGUAAAAUAUUCUCCAGACUAUUGUACAUCAGAAUAUCCUACAGGGAUUCUUGUGAGCACCUUCACCCCAUCCAAGUUUCUUCAUUAAUUUCCAUUAUCGGUGCUAAAGCCGAGGAUGGAAAGUUUGAACUUGCAAAUAUCAACAAAUUCCAGUGCAAGCAAAACAUCAGAGAACACAGAAAGCUUUUCAGACUACAGUGAUCUUCUCCAUUCACCCAAACGCCCUCGCCAGAGCCGCCUUCUCAAACCAAAGCCAAACAUGAGCUGUCGACGCAAGCGCGAGUUUAUCUCAGAUGAGAAAAAGGAUGCAUCCUACUGGGAAAAGCGACGCAAGAACAACGAGGCAGCCAAGCGUUCCCGGGAGAAACGGCGCUAUAAUGACAUGAUCCUCGAGAACAGAGUCAUGGCACUAAACGAUGAGAAUGUACGCCUAAAAACUGAACUUUUACAGCUUAAGCUCAGGUUUGGUCUGAUAAGUACAGCCUCCUACAUGGAAAAGAGUCAGCAGAUCGGUGGAGCAGGCAAUGGAACUUCUGGGGGCAACUCCACAUCAUCCUCUUCCUCCAGUUGCUUCUACCCUAAUAGUUACUCCAGUGUUUCUCAGAUGAUGAUAAACUCUGAUUCUUCUGAAACAGAGCAGUCCGUUCGAGGGGAUGGGCAUUUGAAAUUGACGAAGUACUCCCCACGAGGUUCCCUCUCUGAUAUGUCCGAUGGCUCCUCUCGGGACAGCCCAGAGCCAUUGGCAUAUGACAUCAAGCAGGAAGGGAUGGGUCUAGAGAUGGACAUUGUCAAUAGCACCACCGCACAGAUCAUGUUCAACAUUCAUUCUAGACUGCCUGCAGUACUUCACCAGCGCACGUUUGAGCCAGGUUAUUCAGCGAGCCAACAGAAGCAACAACGCCUGGAGACGGUUGAAAGUUCUGACGUCCCGCAAUCUGCUCAAAGAAGUGUCAUCUCAUACCGUUCUAGCAGUGCCUCAUAUCCUGUAGAAACUCAGGAAAUGAUUCCAAAAGAGCAGCAAAACCUCACCCAGCUUACAGAGGAACCAACCGGAAGUCCCAAAACCUUGGCAGAGGUGUCUAACCGGCUAGAGAGGAAGACUUUGGACUUGUCUCCUUAUGACUACACAGAGGCAGCCGAAAGGCAAGCGCACAUUGCUCAGCGACAAACCCCUAGGGUUGAUGCUGCCACCCCAAAUCUUCUGGUGAGACCAGAGGAUGGAGAUGAAACACAGAUGUAUCACUGUUCUAACAGCCCUCCUGAAAACGAUGAGCCCCCAGUGCUGACCUAUGAAGGAGGCUUGAGACAAGAAGAGUACUAUGAGGCUCACUCAGGAAAGGACACUUCCUCAAGUGACGGGGAUCCUCGCAGCUCUGAUAAAGAGGGCUCCACAGAUGAUGAGUCCCCCUCUUCCUCUUGCUCUGAUACAGGCAGCUACCACCCUCACAUAUUCAUGACCCAGAGCUCAUUCUCACCAAGCCAGUGCAGAGAUGGCCAAGUGGAAAUGAAAGGCACUGCCCUACCCCACAAAUUGAGACUCAAGCACAGAGCUCAGAGUGAUGGCACAGCAUCAUCUCAGGACUCACCAACGACGCCACCUGCUAAUUUUCAACCAUUACCUCAGCACCCUUACCUGGCCUUGUCUCAAACUGGCGGUCAGUUGAGUGCAGGGUUUUGCAAGCAGGACACUUCAGUUGGAAGCAUCGAAUGUGGGAUGAAGGAAUCCAGCUUGCGUAACAGUCGCAACAAGAGACAUGACUGAAUGGGAGACCGUAGGACUCAUUGGGUCUUGGUAUAAACCCCCAAGAGACAUUUUAUAAACCCAUCGAGUCAUCUUCUACCCUUCACCCAUUCCCUGUUUGUAUAAGAGAAGUGGACAUUGCCAGAACUACAACAGGACAGAACCUGAUGCAUUGUACCAUAAUGUAUAGACUUACCUUUAGUUGGUAUGGCUUUUUGUUUGUUUGUUUAACUUCCUCUUAAGGUUACAUUGGCACUUUUAUAACAAAAUGAAAUAGGAUGACAUGCUAUUGAUCGCACUUACCCGUAUUUCCUGUGCUGCACCAAGAUGUCAACAUAAGAGUACAUUCAAUUCAAGAGCAAUAUCUACAAUUUGUGAGGCAUUGUAAUGGAUUCUUCUAUGUAAAUAGGCAACUUCAAGUGCCCCUUUCUUAGUUUUUGGCCACGAUGUAACAACAGAACAUUUGCAGGUGGCUUGCACCAUUUUUAAACUUACCAAACAUCAGAAGAUUCAGGGAACGUUCCCUUGACCAAAGAAACAUGGCUUUAAUUUCAUACCUCUCUCUGCUCCCUACCUCUGUCUGCUUUUCUAACUAGUCUAGACGAUCUCUUUUCCCACAUUCAACAGCCUAGCUACUACUCCUUGAUCAGGCACUUGGUUUGUAUGUAUAAAAUGUGAUAUAAAUAGUAUAUAUGAAUAUAUUUUAAGAAGAAAACAAAAAGAAAAUAUGGAGUUAAGCAACUAAUGACUUUUUUUCUUGUCAAAAAUACUGUACAAUAUCAGUGUGUUUGCAGUGCCACUUAAUGUAAACUCCUUUUUUUACUUUAACAAUUUGCAACUAAAUAUUUUUUUUAGAAUUUCUCCUUUUAUAGGAAAAUGACAAAAUGCCCCAAAGCCUUUACAGAUACAUUAGCAGGUUGAUUUAAGCUUCAUGUCAUAGAUACUAAAAUAUUUUUUUAUUGCCGUUAUAACUCAUUGAAAUGUCUAGUCUUGAAACGCUAUUUGCCGUUUUUCGUAAUAUGUAUUUUCAUUAUGUUUAAAACAUUAAAACUACCCUAAAAUUACAUUUAGCUUCCCUUUUAUGUAGCCAUCCUAUUUAUUGUUUUCCUUAUACAUCCAAUGAUGUAAAACAUCAAUUUGCUAUAAAGAGAACCUAUUAUGUAGAAAGAUAGAUAUGAAACAUUUUUGUUCUAGACGUAAUGCAAAACUACUUUCUCUUCCUCUCUGGUUAUGAACAUGAAUGUUUUGCUCUUAUUAGCAUGGGGAUUGCAGGAAAGCUCCACCCUGCUUACAUCAGUAUAAAUGGAUGAUUACUAGCAUAGUGUCUCUGACUGUUUGCCCUUGAGGCCCCCUGUUAAGCAAUUAAGCUAGCUGAUGUUGCAGUUUUUCACUCUUUAACUGGUUUGCUGACUUCUCACUAGUCAGCCACUGCCCUGCGUAUGUUUUCCUGCUAAAAUCGGGUUUAAUUAAAUUUUAAGUUUUAUAAGAAUGCUUGUAAUUUUUUUCAGGUACCUCAAAUUAGUCAAAAUCCCCUUUUAAUAUUUCUCAAAAUCAGUCUACGUAGCAUGUUAACUUAUGGCACUUGUGUAUAAAUGUAAAAUAUGUUUUCUCACAACACUGUAUUGUGCUUUUUUUAAUGAAAUGUUUUGGGGGCCAAGUGUUGUCCUUUUUAUCACUAACUGCGUCUUUACUUCCUGUUUACUGUGAUUUUGUAAUUGCUCACCACAAUGUCACCAUAUCCCUCUUUGUCCUUUCAGUGUGUUUCAAACUGAGUGAUGUUUGAUGUUUUUUAUUAUUAUUAUUAUUAUUAUUAUUAUUAUUUUCUUAUGGUUUUAUCAAAAAAGAAAGUAAAAAAAAAACGAGCAAGGCUUGUUUGGUGUUAUUGAAUAGACCGUGGCACUGUUGUUCUAUUGCUCUGUUUUGAAAUAGAUGCGUAUUGUAAAAACACUAAUAUUCAGUGCUAGGUUUGGGUGCAUUUCAAAAACUCUACAAAAAAAAUAAAAAAAUAAAAUGUUGUUGCAUUA